AUGGAAGAGUCUCAAUUAUCUCAAUUUUCAGAGACACCUACAAUUUAUUCAUCGAUAAAGACAAUAUUGAAUUCUUCUAUUGUUAAUUUACUUCUGAUUUUUGUUCCUUUGGGGAUUGUGAGCAAGUUUGCAAUUUGGUCAGAUACAGCGAUUUUCCUUUUGAAUUCCUUGGCGAUUAUUCCUUUAACGUGGCUGUUAUAUUAUGGUAAUUUACUUUCAGUAUUCCAGGAAGUUUCUUUAAGUUCUGCAUCGCCAGUUGAAUGGUGGUUAUGCAAUGUAUUUGGCAAUUUUGGCAAUCUAGUUGAAUUUAUCACUUAUACCCUUAUGCUUAAUGAUGGGCUAGUUACUGUAGUUCAAGCAUCGAUUUUUGGCUCAAUCUUAUCAGACCUUCUUCCAGUUUAUGGAUAUAGUUCUUUUCUAGGCGGCAUGAAAUAUAAGGAAAUGGAAUUCAAUUUAGUAGCUGCACAAAUAUACUCAUCCUUUUUAAUGUUGAUGGUUUCUGUGAUUAUAAUUCCAACAGUAUAUACUUCAACAAUUGUAGAUUCUGAUCAACAAACAGAAUUGGAUAUAAGUCGUAAAAUGUCGAUAAUCUUGUUGUUUAUGUAUAUUAGUUAUAUCUUCUUUAAGAGUAGAACUCAUCGUGAUUUCUACGAUGAAUCUUAUCUUGAUAUCUACGAUGAAUCUGAAGUCGAAUUAAAAUCGAAACCAGAAACAACACUUUAUGUAACUAUACCUAUGUUAAUUCUUUUAACUACUAUUGUUACUAUCUGUGCGGACUAUCUUUCUGAAAGCAUUGUCGGCUUGACCGAAAGUUGGAAUAUCUCAGCUAAAUUUGUAGGCCUAAUAUUAAUUCCAAAUGUUGGUAAUGCAUCUGACUAUUUAAAUUCAAUUACUUCUGCUCUAGUAAAUUCAAUGCCUAUUGGUAAUUUUUAUAUUUAUUGA